CCGAGGGGCGGUGCGGGCCCAGCAUGGAGGGCAGGAUGAGCCUGCCGCGGGGCCCCGAGAACCUCUGCUUCGACAAGGACGAGUUCAUGAAGGCGGAUUUUGAUGUUGAUCACUUUGUGUCAGACUGCAGGAAACGUGUGCAGUUGGAAGAGCUCCGAGAGGAUCUGGAGCUUUAUUACAAACUCCUUAAAACUGCUAUGGUAGAACUCAUAAAUAAGGACUAUGCAGAUUUUGUUAAUCUCUCAACAAAUCUUGUUGGCAUGGACAAGGCUCUCAAUCAGCUUUCAGUACCCUUGGGACAGUUAAGGGAAGAAGUUAUGAGUCUUAAGUCAUGUGUCAGUGAAGGAAUUCAAGCAGUAGAUGACCGAAUGACUAAACAAGAAGACAUUAGAAGAAAAAAGAUGUGUGUCCUGAGACUUAUUCAUGUUAUUCAGUCUGUGGAGAAAAUUGAGAAGAUUCUACAUUCCCAAGGCACUAAAGAAUUGUCCUCAUUAGAGGGAAACAGUCCACUUGUAACUGGUCAAGUUUUAGAGAGAAUUGCCACAGAAUUUAAUCAACUACAAUUUCAUGCAGUACAAAGCAAAGGAAUGCCCCUUUUAGACAAAGUGAGACCACGUAUUGCUGGAAUAACAGCCAUGUUGCAGCAGUCUCUGGAAGGGCUGCUCUUGGAAGGCCUUCAAACGUCAAAUGUUGACAUAAUACGCCACUGUCUGCGCACUUAUGCAACAAUUGACAAAACACGAGAUGCAGAGGCAUUAGUUGGCCAAGUGCUUGUAAAACCUUAUGUAGAUGAGGUGAUGGUGGAGCAGUAUGUGCAAUCCCACCCUAAUGGCCUCCAGGCUAUGUACAAUAGGCUGUUGGAGUUUGUUCCUCAUCAUUGCCGCCUCCUGCGGGAAGUGACAGGGGGAGCAAUUUCCAGUGAAAAAGCAGAUAUUGUUCCUGGAUAUGAUUUCUUGGUGAACUCAGUGUGGCCAGAAAUAGUACGUGGUUUGGAAGAGAAAUUACCAUCACUUUUUAACCCUGGAAACCCAGAUGUGUUUCAUGAGAGAUACACCACCAGUAUGGAUUUCGUACGGAAAUUCGAACGGCAGUGCGGCUCCCAGGCCAGCGUGAAGCGCUUGAGAGCUCAUCCCUCUUACCACAGCUUUAACAACAAAUGGAAUCUGCCUGUCUAUUUUCAAAUAAGAUUCAGAGAAAUAGCAGGGGCCUUAGAAGAAGCACUUUCAGAUACACUAGAGGAAGCACCAGCUGGGAGCUCCUUCUGUCUCUUGGCCACCCACAUGGUGUGGGCGAGUCUUGUGAGGUGCUGGUCGGAUCAGAUGUUUGUGCCGCUGUUAGCGCACCGCCUGUGGAAGCUCAGCCUGCAGAUCUUGGCUCGCUACUCCGUGUUCAUCAGCGAGGUUUCUGUAAGGCCCAUUUCCAGUGAAAAUACAAAGGAGAGCAAAAAACCUGUGCCAGUUGGUAAAAAGGAAUCUUCUUUAAGCCUCAACCCCAGUGAGGACCAAGGAAAUGGAUCUUCUCCAGAAAAUGUACCAUUGUCUUCUAUAUCUAGUACUCAGCUGAUAUAUGUUGCUGCAGAUCUGGACAAACUGCAGGAUCGGAUUCCUGACAUCUUAGACAUGAUUAAACCAAAGCUUGAAAUGAUUGGCUUCAAGAAUAUGUCUUGCAUUUCAGGAGCCUUGGAAGAUUCAAAGACUUCUCUCUCAGCCUGUGUGCCUACCUUGAAUAACAGGAUCAUCCAGGAUCUCAGUGAGUCCUCUUUUGCGUACCUGAAGAGUGCACUGGAAGUUCCAAGAUUAUAUAGGAGAACCAACAAGGAGGUGCCAACUAAAGCCUCACCUUAUGUUGACAGUGCUCUUAAGCCCUUCCACCGACUGCAGAAUGACUACAGAGACACCUUGAAGCAGCCCAUGAUUCAUCAGUGGUUGGAAGGGGCUCUCUCUGAAAGCACACAGAAGUAUUAUGAAACUGUAUCUGAUGUGCUUAGUUCUGUUAAGAAAAUGGAAGAGAGUCUAAAAAGGUUGAAGCAAGCAAGAAGAACUGCAACUUCAAACCCUGUUGGUACAAAUGGGGGCAUGAGUGAUGAUAACAAAAUCCGACUCCAGCUGGCCUUAGACAUUGAGUAUUUUGGAGAACAAAUCCGAAAGAUGGGACUGGAAACAAGCAGCAUAAAAAGCUUUUCAGCCCUUGCAGAGCUGGUUCUAACUGCCAAGGAUCAAGCUACAAUGGAACCAUCCUAGAUAUUUUUGAAAGCAUGUGAUUGAAGAUAAACAAGGUCCCUAAAAGAGAGAGAGAGAACUCUGCUUUGUUUUACCAAAUAAAUAGCAAUUAAGUGCUUCCUGAAGUAUCUCAAGCAGCAAAUCAGUGUAUCUUCUGCCUUGAUGAACCUGCUUCACCAAAAGACUGAGACUUUAUCAGUUAUCCAUUAUAUGGAAAGCAAUCAAAGUUCUAAACGUUCUACUAUAGAAUAAAAGUAGAAGAAAAUGUUUUUCUUAUU